AUGUCGUCCGUAUUUCUGGGCAAAAGCUGUCGCAGCCUUGGCCGCUCUGCCAAGCUCCAGACCAACCAGUCGAGACUUCUAGCCUCCAUUGCCAGUGUAGAGAUCCCUCUCGGUAUUCCCAACGCUACCCGGUUCCAUUACGAGGCCCGGUACGCGGAAGUCAUCAAGACCAAGAAGGAUGACAAGUCGUACCGGUACUUCCGGAACGUGAACCGCCUCGCGCAUGAGUUCCCCCUUGCCCACUCGACCGACGAGGGCAGGAAGAUCAACCUGGGCAUGGGCGGCAACCACGAGGUCCUGAAGACGAUGCACGACGUCCUCGAUCGGUACGGGGCCUGCUCCGGCGGGUCGCGCAACAUCUCGGGCCACAACCGCUUCGCGGUCUCCCUGGAGAAGACGCUGGCCAGGCUUCAUGGGAAGGAGUCGGCCCUCUACUUCAGCUCGAGCUACGUCGCCAACGACUCGGCGCUGACGGUCCUUGGACAGCAGCUCCCCGGCUGCGUCUUUCUCUCGGACGCGUCCAACCACUUGUCCAUCAUCGAGGGGAUCCGGCACUCGGGGGCUGACAAGCUCGUCUGGAGGCACAACGACCUCGCGGACCUCGAGCGCAAGCUGGCCGCCGUCCCGCCGGGCGUGCCCAAAGUCGUGUGCUUCGAGUCCAUCUACUCCAUGUGCGGCACCGUCGCGCCGAUCCGCGACAUCUGCGACCUCGCUGAGCGGUACGGCGCCAUCACGUUUCUCGACGAGGUGCACGCCGACAGCCUCUACGGGCCCCACGGCGCCGGCGUCUCGGAGCACCUCGACUUCGAGGCCCACAGCCGGGGCGAGCACGAGGACACGGUGCUCUCGCGCGUCGACAUCGUGACGGGGGCCCUGGGUAAGGGCUUCGGCACCAUGGGCGGGUACGUGGCCGGCUCGAGCGACCUCGUCGGCAUGAUCCGCUCGCUCUCGCGGGGCUUCAUCUUCACGACGGCGGCGCCCCCAGCCACGAUGGCGGGCGCCGAGGCGGCCAUCCGGUUCCAGGGCGCGAACCCGCGCGACAGGGUCCAGCUGCAGCGCAACACGCGCGCCGUCAAGCGGCGGCUGCUCGCGCACGGGAUCCUCGUGCUGCCCAACACGUCGCACAUCGUGCCCGUGAUGGUGGGCGACGCGGAGCGCUGCAAGGUCGCCGCCGACAUGCUCUUUGAGGAGUACGGCAUCUACGUCCAGCCCAUCAACAGCCCCAGCGUGCCCGCGGGCCAGGAGCGCCUCCGCAUCUCGCCGACGGCCGCGCACAAGCCGGAGCACCAGGACGACCUCGUCAACGCCCUGGUCAGCAUCUGGGAGAGGCUGGGGCUGAGGAGGUUGGACGACUGGGCGAGGGACGCGAGCGGCGCGGUUGUCGAGGGGUGGGGAGACCACCGGCCCCGAGGCGCCUGUCUGGAGCAACGAGCAGCUGGGGCUUCCGGAAGACGUUCCGGAGCAGGUGACACGGCUUGA